CAAAAAAAUGUAGUCAUGAGUCAAAAAUGUUUGAAUGCAAUGCACAAUGCAGUGCAGAGAAAAGGGCGUUGUUAAUUAUUUGUUAUUUUUGCAAUAACAUUUUUUACAUUACCGGCAAACUAGGCCUAAAACAGACUCUGUAAUGAGAACUAGACACCGUUUCGUCCAAGUAUCGAAAUUAAGAAGUAAUGCUGUGUUGAUAAAUGCGUAACACUCGCUUUCUCUGUAGGAGAAUAUCCAUAUGGAUAAUUCUGGUACUGCAAAUCGUUUUAAUUACUUCGUAUUUUUUACUGCAAAACGAAAGUGGCCAUAACCUUAAAUCGAACAUUACAUUUAACACAUCAUUAGGCGAAGUGGCAAUUCGCAAUAAAUUGACAUAUCACACUUUUGGUAAUAGAAUAACACUUGCAUCGAUUGAAAGCAGCAGACUUUACGUUGAUCUCAACACCAGCCUCUGUUAUAAACAUGGAAGCGACCUUGAAGUCAUGGGGCGUUCGAAGAACGUCGUAUGGAAGUGCAAAUGUUUAUCCGGUUGGCACGGAAACGACUGUUCACAACCUGAAGUCAUUUGGAGAGCGCUACUAGCUCACCGAAAAUCCGUACAAUUAAAGGGGCCCAGGAAAUACUUGCGGCGCAUUAUUUAUUUAUUAGAAGUGGACGAAUUUGCAGAAACCAGUACAGAGAUUCGAGUCAACGAUCUAAAUUCGACCGUCGAUUUAUUUGUGCUCUAUGAAAAUCAGCGCAGUAACUAUUUUGCUCGUAAAAUAAGCAAAUUCUUAAAGGAAUUCCACUCAAAAAUACUAUAUUUGCGCUUGACCGAUGUAAAGGAUGUAUGGAAAAUCGUUAAAAGCUCUCUGACAAACCUACAAGACGACGACAUUAUUCUAGUUAGUGGACCGAGUGAUUAUCCAAACGGUGCAGCUUUGCAAUACAUAAAACUGUACGAUAAGUGGCCUCAACCUUUCAGAUUUCGACUGCGAUGGUCCGUUUACGGAUUUUUCUGGCAACAUCCAAGUAAGACGGCUUUAAAAGGAGGAGCAUGCACAAUCUCCUACUUAUAUGAGACGCUGCAAGAGAAUGUGACCCUCUUGUACAACAAAACCGCCGAUGGAAUGAUUUUAGGUGACUUAAAUCACUUCGGCGGAUGGUUUUGCGAGUAUUGCUACGAUUCUCUACAAAUAAUAAAAUUUUUAAAUGCCAAUCCGUCACUAAGUAUGAUUUCGUUUAAUAGUGCCAACCUUAAGAAAAUAGAUAAUGAGUACGUGGAGGAUCUAAUAGAGAAUGGAAUUUACUUGGACGGCAAAACAGAAUUAUUAAGGACACGUCGAUACCGUGAAAGCUACUUCGCGCCCAUUUUUGUAACGAACAGUAGUUGGAAGUACGAUUGGUUAUUAAUCAAUUUAUAUUCAAAAAUGGAUUACUACUGACUGCAUUUAGACUGUGAUAUUGUUAAGUAAAAUUGUAACUGCACUACUUGUAUUAAAUGUUUGAGUAUAGACUUA